UCUCAAUCUAUUGCCUAAAAGAGGUAUCGUGGCCUUGGGUGGGAUCCCACAACUCGGGAAGUCUAGAUUACUAGCGCAGACUUGGUGUGCUGCCCGGCUGUCUGGGCCGAUAACGGUCUACUCUUGGCUCCUCGACUUGUAUCAGGGAUCCUCGCCUUAUAAGUUGGCUGUUAUCCUGAGUCACGUCACCAGGUCAUUUCUGGGCUGAAACGGUUCAACUCAUCCGAUCUUAUAGUUCUUCAAAUAUCUUCUAUUCUAGGCUUCCCAUCUCACAUCAUUCCGUAACGCCAAUAUGUUCCUCAUCCCAGCUUUGGCUGUAGCUGUACUGCUAUUCUCCGCAUGGAGAUGGAAGUGGCGAUAUGCCACAAAGGCAAAGCUUGCGGCGACCAGCUCGCAGGAGAAGUCAGAUGAAAAGACUGAUAUAACGCCCCUGAAAGAUUUUGACUGGCAGAAUAUCGAUCCUGCCAAGCACCGGCCAUUCAAGCCAGUCUAUCACAUCACCAUGGCUAUCCAAGCGAGCCCGCCUGAAGACCUCAUCAUAAUAGAUAACAACUACCUCGACCGAGUGACCGAGCGUCGUCAACUCCUGGAAAAGCAUGUGUCAACGGUAGCGGGGGCUGUGCCUGAAGGUAUACCUGCUCUCCACGAAACCUGGACGUAUUUGCUGUCAGAGUAUCUGCCAAAGCGGUACCCAACCAUGUUCUCGUUAUCCGAGGACAAGACUAAGUUCCACAACCACGUUACCAAGACAUCAUUACCCCUCACGCCGCCAGAGGACCCCCUGGUUGCGCUCAAAGCUCUUGGAGAGACCGUGGAAGACGACAUCUUUUUGCUGGUUGAGACACCAGCGGGUCAUCGUGCUGUGGCGUUCGUCUGCUGCCAUCCUGCUGGAUUCGAUCCCUCCGGCAAGCUAGGGAAGCUGAUGAAGGAUAUUCACACGCCGGUGCCAUCCUACGACAAGAUUGGCGCGAGCAUGGAGCGUCUCUUCUGUCGAUUGCAAGUUGGGAAGAGCUUCAAGCGGAUGAACGUGAGUCAACGUGUCCCUGGAGGUUAAAGCUUUCGGCUGAUGAAUGCUACAGUGGUCUGUGUCAACCCAUGAGAACCUCUUCAGCCCAGGCAACUUGCACAUCUAUGAGGGUGACCAGACGGAAGAGGAUGAGGAUGUCGAUAUUACAAAGGUGAGACCAAUCGUCUCGAACGUUGUGUGUGUCGCCUAUCAUUUACUUACACCAGCUAGGCUCGUUUGCGCCAAGAACUA